AAUGGAUAGACAUCAAGAGAGUAUACUAUUUUCUAAGCGAUUACCGGAAAUGAUGGGAAAAUUACAAGAUUUUAAGAUAUUAUUACCAAUCGUAACAAACGAAUUUGGUAAAUUUGUAUACGAUAAUAAAUCUUGGACAGAUACACAAGAAGUGGCAAUUAACAGAUAUCUAGAGACUAAUAACAAUACGACAAAUAAUUCAAAUGAUAUUUGUCUUUACGCUAAACUAUCUGUUAAAAGAAGAAAACCUCUAUGGAUAUUAGUUGAGAAUUGUCAAAAAAAGACAUUUAAUUCUAUCUGCUAUAGACCUUUGAGGGGAGAUUGGUCUCCUUGGAAUAGAUGGACUUUAACUGAUAAAUGCCCAACGAACGUUUGUAGUAGAAAACUUGAAAAGACUAUGAUAAGGACGAGACGAUGUAACGAACCAAGACCAAAAUCGAUUGAGAAACUACCCUUAAAGAGAAAUAUAAAAGAAUUUCAUCUUCAAAGAAAGAGCUUUCGCUGUCUAGGUGAAGAUACUCAAUAUCAUUACGCGGCUGCCGAAAAAUACAGCCUACUCGUAAGGAGAUGGAAAGCGGAUGUAUUUAAAAUUCAAAAUGUUGCUAGAGUAUGCGUUAGCUCACUGUAUUUAGAAACUAAUCAACAAUACUUUGGUGGAAUCCUAACUCCUGAAGAUAAAGAUUCUUUUAUUAUCAACGAUAAGAGAAAUUCUAUAUCUUAA